CAGACUUCACCGUCACCUUCGUCAUCAGGCCUCAUGCUACCGCGUAGGUAUUUGGACACUGAACCAUUUGGAAAUGGGGCGUUCAAAUGCCAAUGGCGCCAUGCAACAAGGCUAUACUACCUAGAUGAUAGUACGAGGUAAUGAGGCCGCCAUUGAAAGGUUUUGGGAAUCUGUAUGCCUCUGGAAGCGCCCCUUUGCGAAUAAGCCCUUUGGAGUGAUUACAUUCUGUGAGGUUUGUGGUUCAGAGGACGGCCCAACGGAUGAGCACGCAGGUCUCAGCAUUCAGCCUGUGUCUUGUGUUUGUUUGGCUGGCUGGUCGGAUCUGGAUCUCUAAGCAGCGAGAAUGAGGGUAGUCGCUUCGGCAGACCAUCUGCCGACCCUUGGCGAGACGGGGUUCAGCAAAGCAACCUAUGCUGGAAGCAAUGGCAGGACCAUGGCCCACAAAAUCCACCGAUCCUUCCUCUCAAUUCUCCGCACGCAAGUGCUCCUCAAUAUUGCCGCAGGGAUCCUGCUUUGCUGGCUGUGCUUCAGAACUCUUCAGGUCCAAGUUGUUCGGGGCGGCACGGGGGCUGUGACAACAGUGACCAUUGGCAGCAUUCACCCCACCGUAAUCACUAGUGUCACCUAUCCCAAGGAGGAGGAUAGAACACUAGCAGAGGCCGUGCAGGCUGUCGCGGUAGACAACACAGUCAUCGUCUCGAUAGUCAACUCGGGGUAUCUGGACUUCUGCGAGAACUGGAUCCGGAGCAUUGAGAAGGUCGGGUUUGCAGACCGCAUCCUCCUGUUUGCCGAGGAUGACGAGGCCUACAAUGCGCUCAACUCAAAAUGGCCCGGCCACGUGGUCAAGUACCACUCGAGCUACAUCCCAAAGGCCAAUGGGAGUGCGCACGACUUUGGGUCGCUGGGGUUCUUCCUCAUGACUGAGCGGCGGCCAGACUACCUGCGAGCCAUUCUCCAACUGGGGGUGAAUGUCUUUUACAACGACCUGGACAUGGUAUGGCUGGCAGACCCCUUUCCCUCCAUGUCCGGGGACUAUGAUGUCUGGGUCCAGGACGACUGGGAGGACUGGAAUGGGAUCACCGGGGGGGUCACGACACAGAUGAAGCGGGACACGGUGUUCCCAUCCCGCUACUGGAGGAACAUUUGCAGCUGUCUGAUCUAUCUGCGGGCGACCAAGGCGUCCAUCAACCUGAUGCAAUUCUGGGCCGACAUCAUGAGCCUCAAGGACUGGAAGCCCCCCAUCCAGGACCAGCCCUUCUUCAACAAAGCCCUGAACAACCUCACAGAUACCAGGGUUGGCAUCCUCUCUCAGGAAGAGUUCCCCCCCGGCCCUCUCUUUUUCAAGAAUGACACCUGGCGGGAGGCCCACGGUCAGCUCUCCAAGCUGGUCCACAACAACUGGGUGAUUGGGCAUGAUGUCAAGAAGCAGCGCUUCCUUGAGAGGAACCUGUGGUUCGCGACGGACUUUGACGAGUUUGGGGAGAUCAGCAAGAGGCCAGCCGUCAAGGCGGUUGUGCAGAAGGACGGGGUAGAGGGCUCAAAGGAAAGUGGAAAUGCAAAGUCGCAAGUAUAGACUGUUCGCCGUUCAGCUAAGUUAUGCAUAGAGCCUUCUGAGAAGAUGGUCAGCGAGACGCUAGCUUGCAGACAUGGAUUCGGUUCGUGGAACAUAUGAAUCCAGCGGAAGGUCACGGGCUGCCCUUAGGGAGCGAGUUGCAUGCGCAGUUCUCGUAAGCUCGUUAGGCUGUUCCCACUAAUCCUAGGAAUAAGAUACAGUGCGCCGCAAUUAUCUGCUAUAUACACUUGUGUAUAAUGACUGCAAUUCGAGUUUCUAGUGCUUGAGUUUGGCAGGUUGUUUGGCUCCAGUUUAUUGAUUGAUUGGUCCUCUUCGACACCACAC